GGCCGGAGGAACACGUGAAACUACAGCAGGAACUACGCCAAAUUAACCCCUUCCCCCACACACACCAUGGCCGAAUUGGGGACCAAACUCGAUGUCAUCCUCGAGGCCAUUCGCCGGUCCGAGGACUACCUGCUACAGAAGAACCGCAGGAUAAAUGAAGUCCAGGAGCAGACAGCAGAUCAGCGGUCGCAAGUCCUCGAGAUAGAGAAGGAAAUCAGCCAACUGGAGGAGCAGCAACAAGUGUGUAGAUUCCAACUGCUGACGCUGGAGACGCAGCUCAACUCUGACCUCCUCCUCAAGGCCAAACUGGAGGACCAGGCAAAGCAGAUCGAAGAGAAAGCAGAAUUGGAAUACCAGAAUUUGGAGUCAGAGGAAGCAAGCCGGGAGGAGAAGACAGACUUGCUGGCGAAGGCAGCAAUGAAGUUCAAUGCCCGGGUGAGGCUGGAUAACAAGGAUAUCCCCGCUAGAAGGGAAGCCAUCAAACUGGAGCAGCAGCAACUCGAGCUGGAGAAGACACAACUUUUGUGUGAAAUAAAAGUGCUGGAAGACAACAAACGAGAGGAAGAAUCCCUUCAACAGAAGACACAGCAGCUAGAAACAAUCGUUUAUGAGCUAGAGAAGAGUGUGAGUACCAUGAAGUCAGACCUCAUGAACCAGCUCGCGUUGGCUCACCAUGAGAGGGAUCGUCUAUUGGAUCCUAACAGGCCAUCUAUAAAGCGGUUGACUUCGGAGAUUGAGAGUGGGAAGGAGGAAGGGGAGUACCUGGAGUCUGCACUCAAGGCUAUGCAGAAGGAGCAUCAGGAACUCUCUAAGCUGUUAUGGGUGAGAGAGAACCCUCCGCCCUCACGUCCUGCAGGAAUUGUAGAGCCUUGGUCUCGUCCCCAGCAGAAGCCCUAUACCACUAUUAGCCCGCGACAACAUCAGUACAGAUUUAAAGCCCGAUCGUCAGGUAAUUUUAGGUCCAGCGACGCUGAAGCAAGUGCUGAGUUGACACAGGAUGUCAGCUGGUCUGCUGCAGGAAAUAGUGCUGGUGUGUCACAAGAUGUCAGCUGGUCUGCUGCAGGAAAUAGUGCUGGUGUGUCACAAGAUGUCAGCUGGUCUGCUGCAGGAAAUAGUGCUGGUGUGUCACAGGAUGUCAGCUGGUCUGCUGCAGGAAAUAGUGCUGGUGUGUCACAGGAUGUCAGCUGGUCUGCUGCAGGAAAUAGUGCUGGUGUGUCACAGGAUGUCAGCUGGUCUGCUGCAGGAAAUAGUGCUGGUGUGUCACAGGAUGUCAGCUGGUCUGCUGCAGGAAAUAGUGCUGGUGUGUCACAAGAUGUCAGCUGGUCUGCUGCAGGAAAUAGUGCUGGUGUGUCACAGGAUGUCAGCUGGUCUGCUGCAGGAAAUUCCAAGAGUGCAGAGUCUCAAGAAGUUGACUGGUCUCAAAUGGAAGACUUAGACUGGAGCUCACUAAGUGCCGAAGGGCCUAAAUCAGUUGAGACUAGUGCCACCAAGGUGCCAGCGCCUGGUACAACACGAGCUAAGAACGUCAGCAGUGCCAGGUCAGAAAAGAGGGUGGAAAUCAGACCUACUCGAGGGGAGCCCACUCCCUCUACGCCUCGGACCUUCACCAGAAACCCUCCACCCCCAACACCCCAACCGCAGGUGGAGUCUCGUUCAAAUCUGCCACUACAUCUCCUUGGUCACUUUAUGUGUGUUAAUAUAAUCAGAAAAGACUCUGAUGAAGAAUCUGGUAAUGAAUCUCCCGUUCAUGAAGAACAUGCAAGAGACACAGAAGCAUCUUCAGCAUCGGUGGAAACUUCAACCGUCCCUACUGAAGUGAGUAGUGUUCCCUGUCUGAAGUCAUCUUCAGCCACAGCAAGCUCACAAUCCGUCUUUGAUUUGUCAUCACCAGCAGCGCGUGUCAAGGAGCCAACACUAUCUAACCCUCAAGAAAGUGUAAAUGAAAACAGUUCAAAAGGCUUGCCUGCAUCUGAGAUGCUACCACCAGACAACAACCCUGAGGGACGUCAAGGUGUCCCCGAGCAGUCUACCUUGUCGGACGAUGCCUUUGCUUUUGCACCUGGAUGGGCUUCCAUGUCUGUCUCACACGCCGAGGAAGACACGUCUCGGCCAUCCACAUUUCAGUAUUCAGGAAGUGAAUCGAGCUCUGAAAGAAAUACGGAGGGAAACACAGGAAAGCUUCAUUUCAAGUUUAAAAAGACUACCGUAGUUCACGUGCAAGAUUACCAGGAAGAGCAGACACCAGAGUCUUCCAGACAGCCGUAUCAGAGAUAUGACUAUCGAAACCAAAGGCGACAAGGAAAUAUUCCUCGGACACCAUACAGCAGCAGCUCACAUUCAUCUUACGGCCACCAGUCUCGUUCUUAUCAUCAUAGCAACUAUAGGUCCAGAGAACCCAACACAGAAUCAUCAAGGAAUUAUCACCAAAACUCAUCUGAUAGUCGGGGUAAUGAAUAUGCAAAACCACAGGCACAAAAGGAUUUUGCUACUCCCAACAGAUACUCUCACUGGAAGAACCAAGGUGGACGAAAAAUCAGGUUCAGUGACAAAGAUGAACUGCUUGGAACACCCCAAAAUACUGGAAGCUGACUGCAGAUGCUUAGUAAAGUCAAGAAAGACUACAGUUUGAACAAUCCAACCACCUGGACUGGUCGGUACAGCAAUAACCUCGCUUUCUGCAGAUCGGCGCUCGAUUCCCGAUGGUCCAAAUGGUCGGGCACUAUUCUUUCAUCCCGUUUUAUUCCAGCUCCUUGUUCCCAUCUCCCUACCAAGUGCUAUGUAGCCAUACUGCUUUCUCAUAAUUACCCUUACCUUACUUUGAGGUUACCUUGAGGUGCUUCCGGGGCUUAGCGUCCCCGCGGCCCGGUCGUCU